UGCUCUACUACAUGGAAAUGACACACUAUGGGUUGGGGACAAAGAACAACUGGGGAAAAAAUGUUGUUGCUGAGAAACCAGUGUAUGUCACAAUGCAUGACCAGCGUCAAGGUGUGACCUCUGAUUGUUAACCCUUUCACCCUCCCUGUGACCUCUGCGCUGUACGAGAAAAGGCUUGCUGAAAGGAUUUUCUGAGCCCACCGGCCCCUGGAAAUGUGGACAGUCCCCCCAUUUUCUGUGCAUUUCUAUGGCGUUACUGCUGGCUCAGGGCUUCUGGACAAAGGCGCGGUCCGUUUCGGUCAGGUAUAAAAGGAAAGGGUUAAGGCAGGUAGGGCACAGUUUGGUGCAAGAGCAAGAACAGCAGCAGAAACAGCAGCCCACUGACCAGCACAAUGACUUCCACUGGAAUGAACAUGAUGAACAAGGUAAGCUCUCUCUGAUAGUGACUUAAUAAAAUGGACAUCGCUCUUCUGGCUUUCUAACACAGCAUGUCAGGAGCUGCUGUAAUAAUUUUAAAAAAAUAAUAAUGAUGAAUUUAACAACCAUGUGUUGGGUGCACAGAGAAUUACCCAAAGAUCGAGAAGACAGAGAUAUCUACUGAAGUUAGCAUGCUAACCAGCUAGCCAUUUCGUACUCUACGGGGUGGUGACGACACCAACAGCUAGGCCUGUGAUUAGCAGCUCGUAACCCUCCACUGAACCUUAUUUUCCAUUUCACCGCUAAAAACUCAACAUGUCUGGCUUCAGUUCUGAACACGUGACCCGUGUGCUCCUCACGUUCCUCACGUGUGCUCACCAAACCUUUUACCUCUCCGCUCCUCAGAUCAUCUUCUACGAGGAGAGGAACUUCCAGGGUCGCUCCUAUGAGUGCAUGAGCGACUGCCCAGACAUGUCCUCCUACCUGAGCAGGUGCCACUCCUGCAGGGUGGAGAGAGGCUGCUUCAUGGUGUACGACCGCACCAACUACAUGGGCAACCAGUACUUCAUGAGGAGGGGCGAGUACGCCGACUACAUGAGCAUGAUGGGCAUGAGGGAUUGCAUCAGGUCCUGCCGUAUGAUCCCCAUGCACAGGGGAUCCUUCAGGAUGAAGAUCUAUGAGAGGGAGAACUUCAGUGGUAUGAGUCACGAGCUGAUGGACGACUGCGACAACAUCAUGGAUCGUUACCGCAUGUCCAACUGCAUGUCCUGCAACGUGAUGGACGGCCACUGGCUGAUGUACGAGCAGGCCAACUACAGAGGCAGGAUGAUGUACAUGAGGCCUGGCGAGUACAGGAACUUCAUGAACAUGGGCGGAUCCGGCAUGAGGUUCAUGAGCAUGAAGCGCAUCACCGACUCCUGCUUCUAA